AUACUGUUGUAUCCUAUACUAUAUAAAUAUUAUCAUCUAUAUCACGCACAAGCUUUAAAGCUUCAGUGAUGUUUCAUGUCUAUUUUCAAAGUUGGAUAGCCUUUUUUCUUUCUGUAUUUUUCUAUUUUUGAAAAUAAAUAUUAUUAUUAUUACGGUCAUAAAAGAAAUAUUCUUGAAAUGUUGAAAUUUUCAGGCUGGAAGCUCCAUGUCCAAGAAACUAUAAUCCGGCAGACUACUUCAUACAGUUACUGGCCAUCGUGCCCGGCAGAGAAGAAUCUUGCAGGCAAGCAGUCUCAAUGAUUUGCAGUAAAUUUCAAAGAUCUGAACCUGGUGUUAAAAUGACAGUUGAAUGCGCUACAGUGGCAAGUGAUACGGAAAGGAACGAUUUCGAAAUAUGGCUGAGUGGUGAUACUAUCAACCCGUACAAAGCAUCAUGGUGGACACAGUUCAGGGCCGUGUUGUGGCGAUCGUGGCUGAGUACUAUGAAAGACCCGUUAUUGAUGAAAGUUCGAAUAUUACAAACAACGAUGAUCGCACUCAUAAUAGGUGCCAUUUACUAUGGUCAGGAGAUGAAUCAAGACGGCGUCAUGAACAUCAAUGGAGUGUUAUUCAUAUUUCUGACGAAUAUGACUUUUCAGAAUGUUUUUGCUGUUAUCCACGUUUUUUGUUCGGAGAUUCCACUCUUCCUCAGAGAACAUCGAAAUGGAAUGUAUCGCACAGACGUUUAUUUUCUGAGUAAAAUAAUAGCUGAAGCACCAUUUUUUAUAGUACUACCAACAUUAUUUACAUCAGUUUGUUAUUUUAUGAUUGGUCUCAACUCAGAAAUACCUCGAUUUUUCGUUGCUUGUGGUAUUGUUAUUUUGGUUGCUAAUGUAGCUACUAGUUUUGGAUAUAUGAUUUCAUGUGUAUCGAAUUCCAAUUCAAUGGCACUUUCUCUGGGACCGCCAUUGAUCAUUCCAUCUUUACUUUUCGGUGGAUUCUUCCUUAAUGUAGAAUCGAUUCCCAUUUAUUUCAAAUGGGUUUCAUACCUUUCUUGGUUCAAAUACGGCAAUGAAGCACUAAUGAUCAACCAAUGGGAGAAUAUAACUGAAAUAGAUUGUCCAAAUGGGAAUUCUACCUGUCCGCGGGAUGGACAUAUGGUUUUACAAAUUUAUAAUUUUCAUGAAGAAGCUCUACCAAUUGAUAUAAUAUCACUUCUGGCCCUUAUUGUAGGAUUUCGUCUAAUCGCAUAUUUCGGUCUAUUGAGCAAAACAUACAAGUAAUAGACGAAAUAUAUUAUUCAGUGACCUGUGAUUCGUACACUGCCAAUGCUUUCUCUUCAUUGCAACUUAUACGAAUAUUUGUAUUUGUAUGAACUGAACAGAUAAUAAUUAAAUGCGGUAACGUAUA